AUGGAGGUACAGGAGGAUGACGUUUUUACAUGUGGACAUUGCAAUGCAGUUGUGGGCACCCUGGGUGAAAUCCUGGAGGCCGAUCUGGCUUCAAAACAUCACUGUUUUCUAAAUUUGAAUUCUAUCGAUAUUGAAAUGGAUUUCGAAAGAAAAGAAAUCCGUCGGUCUAUGCCAAGGAAGCUCGACACUCCUCCGGAACCAACUGCUCUAUCUACCAAAGUGAAUUUAAGAACAAAUAGAUAUUCUAUACCUGACCAUUUGUCCGAUGAUUGUGCCUCUACUUCAAAACAGAAUUUGUCUGCUGACUUAUUAGAUGCUGAUAAUAUUGAGACCAAAAGUACAUGGUCCGAUAAGGGAAUAAAAUUAUUAAUAUGCACUUUUGUCAAACACAAAAAUAAAUUUGAAAACGCCUCGUUCACCAAGAACAAAGUAUGGAAGAUAAUUAGUGGUGAACUUGCAAAGGAAGGAAUAUUCAAAACAUAUAAUAAAUGUGAUGAAAAAUGGAGAAACCUCAAGAAAACGUACGGAAAGAUCAAAGUGGAGAAAGGUAAAACGGGCAAUCAUCAAUCUGUACAUUGGAAAUAUUAUGAAGAGUUGCAUGAAAUUUAUUUUCGUGAUCCACACUUCGAACCAAUUGCUACAGUGAGUAGCACUGGUUCGAUGAAAAGUAUUGUGGAGAAAAAUCAUGAACAGACAAAUGAACCAGCCAGUUGCAGUAAGUUGUCUCCUGGGGAGUUAUAUAGGAAACGGACAUUGUCAUCCUAUGAAAUUGAGAAGAAGAGACAAAAACGCCAUGAAGAAAAACUCAAUUUGAAAAGAGAAAUGUUCGAAUGGAUGAAAGAAAACCUCAGCAAGAAAUGA